AUGGCGACCUCCGACAAGACCCCGGAGCUGGAGUACGACUACGAGGCGCUUCCUUCGAACUAUGGCCUCGGCGCCAACAUGCUCGCAGGUGCCUUCGCCGGUAUUGCGGAGCACUCUGUGAUGUACCCCGUCGAUCUUCUCAAGACCCGCAUGCAAAUCCUGAACCCCUCCGCUGGCGGCUUGUACACCGGAUUGACCAACGCGGUCUCCACUAUCUCUCGAGUUGAGGGAGUCCGAACCCUGUGGAAGGGUGUCUCCAGCGUUAUCGUUGGCGCGGGCCCGGCCCACGCCGUUUAUUUCGGAACAUACGAGGUAGUCAAGGAACUUGCUGGGGGAAACAUCGAUGAUGGACACCACCCUAUUGCUGCCGCUCUGAGUGGUGCCUCGGCGACGAUUGCGAGUGAUGCUCUGAUGAACCCGUUUGAUGUGAUCAAGCAGCGUAUGCAAGUUCACGGCUCUAUCCACAAGACCAUCACCCAAUGUGCCAAGACCGUGUAUCGCACUGAGGGUCUCCAGGCCUUCUACGUCUCGUAUCCAACCACGCUUUGCAUGUCCGUUCCGUUCACUGCCACCCAGUUCGUUGCCUACGAGUCUAUUUCCAAGGUCAUGAACCCCAAGAACGGCUAUGACCCCUUCACUCAUUGCAUGGCUGGUGGUGCCGCCGGAGCUGUUGCGGCUGCGAUCACCACUCCUCUGGAUGUCAUCAAGACUGUCUUGCAAACCCGUGGUCUUGCCCAGAACGAGGAACUGCGCUCCGUUCGAGGUCUUUUCAAUGCUGCGGCACUUAUCAAGCGCAACUUUGGAUGGUCUGGUUUCCUGCGUGGCAUGCGCCCUCGCAUCAUUUCCACCAUGCCUAGCACCGCGAUUUGCUGGUCUUCCUAUGAGAUGGCCAAGGCCUAUUUCAAGAAGCAGCUCUCGGAGUAA